AUGAGUGGGAGACCCAAGUCGAGGGGGAGCACCGGGCUCUUCAGGGCUCCCUCUGAGGACGCCAGCAGCAGCUCUAGCGGGAGCGCUGUGCUCCCCCAGCAGGAAAACCCCGACGCCAGCGGAUUAACUCGAUCAUGGAAGACUGUCAUGGGUAUGGUGUUUAUACUGACUUUACUUCUUCUAGGAUUUGUACAUCACAUGAAGCAUAAAGAGAAAGAGUUUCCUCAGAAAUCCAGACAAAUUUAUGCUCUAAUUGCAGAAUAUGGUUCACGGCUUUACAAUUACCAGGCCAGGCUUCGAAUGCCAAAAGAGCAACUGGAACUUUUAAAGAAGGAGAGCCAGACUUUGGAAAACAACUUCCGGGAAAUUCUCUUUUUAAUUGAACAAAUAGAUGUUCUGAAGGCAUUGCUUAGAGACAUGCGGGAUGGUCUGCACAAUUACAGCUGGAAUGCCGACAUAGACCCCACUGAGGGCUGGAACCACACCGAGGUCAUCGAAGAGGAAAUGUCCACCUUGGUGAAUUACAUACUGAAAAAGCUGAGAGAAGAUCAAGUCCAGAUGGCUGAUUAUGCCCUUAAGUCAGCAGGAGCCUCUGUUGUUGAAGCUGGGACCUCAGAAAGUUACAAAAAUAAUAAAGCAAAACUGUACUGGCAUGGGAUUGGCUUCUUAAAUUAUGAAAUGCCUCCAGACAUCAUUCUCCAGCCGGAUGUCCACCCUGGGAAGUGCUGGGCCUUUCCAGGCUCCCAGGGUCAUGCCCUAAUCAAGCUUGCCAGGAGGAUCAUACCAACUGCUGUUACCAUGGAGCACAUCUCAGAGAAGGUGUCCCCCUCAGGAAACACCUCCAGCGCACCCAAGGAAUUUUCUGUCUAUGGCAUCUCGAAACAAUGUGAAGGAGAAGAAAUUUUCCUAGGUCAGUUUGUGUAUAACAAAACAGGGACCACCGUUCAAACAUUUGCAAUCCAGCAUGAAGUUCCUGAAUUCUUGUUAUGUGUGAAACUUAAAAUUCUCAGCAAUUGGGGACACCCAAACUAUACUUGUUUAUAUAGAUUCAGGGUUCAUGGCACCCCAAGAGAUGACAGCUAG